CUGGCAACAGCAGUUUAAUGAGGACAGAGAGAAAGGUACAACAUACAAUAUGAUACUUUGUCACUGUCCUCACUCAGAUCCCCAUACCUGGGAAGGGCUUGGCCCCACUUUGCUAACCACUAUGCCUCAAACUCUGCUCUCUACCCGUGGACAGGACUGAAGAAUUGAAGACUUGGAUUCACCGAACUAAGAAAUCCACUCACCCUCACUCCUGUCUCCAGACCAAGCCAUCUGCAAACCAGGGCAGGUAUAAAAAUACAUAUACAUUAGGAUUUGAGACCCUGUGGAGAGUCGGGAGCCCCUGUCCCACGACAUGUACUAAAUGAGGAUAAUUUUUCAGCACCGGCAUGAUUCUCGCUCCUCUGCAGGUACAGCAUCUGCUGAGCCCCUCCUGCUGCAGGUAUUAUCCAUACAGAUAUUUCAAACUCAACUAGAAUAAAUUCAGAUGCAUUGGUAUUGAAGGCAAAUUUGUACAACAUUGACUCCUGCCAAUUCAUUUUCAAGAGGAUGAAACUGCUGCCCAAGGAGGAAACCUAACUGACUUGCCAGAGGUCAAUGAAUUGGACCAAAAGCUCUCAGAGCAGCAUUCCUGUGCCGGGAGACCCUGAAGUCCGAGCUGGGGCCAUGGAGGGCUCUGUGCUGAGCCCCACAUCCUGGGAGAAGCGGCGGGCCUGGCUCCGGCAGAGCCGCCACUGGCAGACCCAGGUCCUGGAGGAGGAGGCCGCGGCUGCCCUGCAAGAUGUCUCAGGUCCUGAGCCUGCCAGCCUGGAUGAUGUCUUCCAGGAAGGGAAUCCAGUCAACAAGAUUGAAGACUGGCUGCAGGAUUGCGGAUACUCUGAAGAAGGGUUUUUUGAGGAAACAGGACAGUCAAGCUACAAUGGGUGCCUCAGCCAUGGAACCAGCUUUGAAGAUGACUUGACCCUAGGAGCAGAGGCCACACUUUUGGCCACCAAUGGCAAAGUCUUCUCCAGGAGUUUCCUAGACCCAUCCCGGCCCUGGCAGCUCCUCGAUCUUGGCUGUAGCUUGGCUUCCAGCAGCAUGACUGGUGGCACCAACAAGACUAGCUCAAGCAUCUCUGAGAUUCUGGACAAGGUGCAAGAAGAUGCAGAGGAUGUCCUCUUCAGUCUGGGCUUUGGCCAAGAGGACCACAAGGACACUUCGCGGAUUCCUGCCCGAUUUUUCACCACCCCAUCUCAGGCCAAAGGCAUCGAUUUCCAGCUUUUCCUGAAGGCCCAGGUGCAGAGGAUAGAGAUGGAGGACCCUUGCCUCAUGCUGGCCAGCAGGUUUAAGCAGGUGCAAACACUGGCGGUCACUGCUGAUGCCUUCUUCUGUCUCUACUCCUAUGUGUCUAAGACACCUGUCCAAAAGUUCACACCAUCCCACAUGUUCUGGAAUUACAACCCAACUGAUGUGCCAUCCAUCAGGAUUCUGGCUCCAGAACCUGAACCUCACUCACCCAGAGAGCGCCUCCGGAAAGCCAUCUCCAAGAUGUGCCUGUAUACAAGCCCCCGAGAUCGGCUGUCACCAUCCCAUAAUAUCCCCAAAAGGAACAGUUUGGACCAAGUGGUGUGGGAAGUGAUGGACAGAGUGAGAGGAGAGAAGCUGGUCUUCCAGCAAGACCCUGGAUUUGGGCCAGGCUCAGAGGAAGAUCCUGUGCCCCUCAUCAGGGAUGCAAUGCUGCCCACUUCUUCUGGUCCAUGUGCCCUUUACCCCAAAGAGGAAACACAGCAGGUGUUGUCCCCAAUGCAAGCACCAUCACAAACUCUGGAUCCUAAACCAGAGGCAACCUGUUGCAGGCAUUCUCUGCCCGGAGCAGAUCUACAGUGGAGCACAGACCCUGCACCGGUAAAGAGAGAGCUGUGGGGUCUACAAGCCACCAAUAAGGAAGUCCAUUUGGCCAAGGAUGAGACUUUCUGGAAAAGAAAGAGCAGAGCAAGAAAGAGCUUGUUUCAGAGGAAUCCCAUGAGCAGGACGGUUAAGUCAUCGGAACUGUCCAUCAUCCAGCAGAGCCAAGAGCAACCAGCACUGCACCAAUCUCUAACCCAGCAGCUGCAGGACACUUGUGACUUGGAGGAGGUGAGAGGGUUGGGGGCAAGAGAGAGGCUGGCAGAGACAGGUUCUGGAUUCUUGCCUUUCAGAAAAGGGAAUCCAGGCUCUCUGUCCUCACCAGAUAUACCAAUUCUUGAAUUACAUUCAGAAACCUUUGGGAACAGGUUAAUAGAGAAGGAGAAAGAUAAAUGGGCUUGAUUUCUUAAGAUCAUCCAGGUUUUCAGAGCUUUUCUAAUUCCUCAUCUGAUCUGAUCUUCAUUGAAGUUCCUCAUCAAGCAUACCUCGCUCUAUUAUUUGUGGAAUCCGCAACAGAGUACAAACAGAGGUUGGUUAUACACUAAGCUAAACACUAUUAAAUAAAAUAUGCUCUCUUCUACCUUAAUAAAUAUAUAACCAUAAAGACGUGGAAGUCCAGGUUCAAAGUUAAUAUUCUCAGAUUCUUAGCACUUCUGUGCUAGAACAUGGCAGUGUAGGCAGAGCCACUCCCCAGCUCUGGCCUAGCGCCUUCUCUUCCCAUGCCCAGAUCUGUCCUAAACCAUUAGGGACAUUGCACAUAGAUGUGUGAGCACCCAGCCUGCAUAUCCAAAAGCCACACACCCUCUACCCACAAAAAUAGCCAUCUACUGGUCAUCACUCAUGCCUGGGGCUGCAUACACUAGUAGAGAGGUUGACCCUUUAAGACAACAGACACCAGGCAAAACCAGUGCAAUUCCCUGAAGCAGACUUGGAGGGCAUCUGAGCAGCAUAUUCGGGUAUCCUAUGUAACCAGAGCAUGUUCUAGAAGGAGUAGUGCAGGAUCCAGGUGGACACGUCCUGUCGGUCCACCAACUCUUCAUCCUGUGCACUCUCAAGAACUCAAGACUCCUCUUGCCUGGGACUAGUGACAAUACUAGCAUCAAGUGCUGAGCUCCCUUGGGAAAGCUCUCAGAUCCUUGCCACAAGAGAACCUGUGAUGAUUUGCAAUAUUGUUCGCAUAUAUGUCACCUCUCAUUGGACAUAGCAGCUGCACCUCAACUCCUGCCUUCCUCACUACCGCAUUCCUGCCACAAGAGAAGAAGCCGAGUCUCUCAAGUACACUCAGCCUCUUUCCCCUACGGCUACCUGCCAUCCAACACCUCUAUGCACUGGCUCUGAGUUCUGCUGGGAUCUUGGUUACAGGUGCAAAGCCACAGUGAGGAGGAAGAGAGCUGCUGGCCCAACAGUCCCAGACACCCCCACCUGUAUCAGACUUUUGCUGGCAAAGACUGGAGAAGUAAGUGGGUCUCUCUCUCUCCUUUCUUUCUCUCUCCCUCCUGCCCUCCCUCAGGCAGUGAGUCUCAAACCUGGCUACAUGUUAUAGUUACCCAGGAAGAUUUUUUUUUUAAAUACCCACAACAAAGGGUCUCACAUCUUGUGAUUCUGAUUUCAUUGAUAUGGCAUGGAAAUCAGUGCCUGAUUUUUUGUUGUUGUUUUUAAGCUCCUCAGAUGAUUCUAUUAUGGCUGGUUAGAUACUUCUCUAGAUCAGUGGUUCUCAGACUUUAGCCUCACCUGGAGGGCUUGCUAAAAUGCAAAUAUCUGGGCCCCAAAUCCCAGAGUUUCUGAUUGAGAAGCUCUGGGCAGGGCCCAAGAAGCUGCAUUUCUAACAAAUUCCCAGGUGAUGCUGAUGCUGCUGGUCUGGCAACCGUCUGAGAACUGUUCUAGGGUUCUAGAAAUGUAUAACCUUACUAUUCAAACUGUAGUCUGCAGGCCAGCAGCAUUAGCAUCACUUGAGAUUUUGUUAGGAAUGUGGAAUCUCAGACCCCACCUCAGAUUUAAGGUAUCACAAUUUUAUCAAGAUCCUAAGGUGAUUUGUUUGCAUGUUGAAGUUUGAGAAGUGCACUGCUAUAGUUGUUUUAACAGAUGAGAACCAACCAUAAAGAGCUUCAUCCCGGCUCCUGCUCAUAACUACAUUCUAAUCCGCCAACAUCACCACAUGGGGAAGACUCCAGGUAUCUCACAGCCAUGCUCCCUUAGGCUCUGAGUUCCUUCCUGCAGUGAGGACCUGACAUCCAUAGCUCUCCUUCUCUGACAAGGGAACUCACAUAGGUGGUUACUGCAGCUGACAUGUCUUUCCUUUCGAUAUGAGUUUUGAGCAUUAACUGUAUCAGAGGUAUCCCUUAUACCUUUGAAUGUUUUGGCUAAAGAUCUGUUAUUUAAACCGAGUAUAAAUGAGGCUCCUAUAGUUUUUACCACCUAUCCCCUAGUACCACAGAGAAGAUGGCAUCAGGAAUAAAUAAAUAAAUAAAUAUUAUAAGAUAGUAGAAAUUGAUAUCCUUCUUGAAUCAAGUCAAUGAGUCUUGCUUAGAGUUCCCUCUGUUUUGAACGUCUUAAGUUUAUUGCACUUCCCGGCCCAAUACUUAUUUUGGGUCAAUACUCUAAAUUUGCAGUGUUAAUUAUCCAGCAUCACAAAAUCUUUACACUUCUAGCUCUUUUAAUUUUAAUUCUCUGUGAUUUUAGGGCCCUAGUCACUCUUCUUUCUCUCUUGCUCAUUACUUUCAUCUCCAGGGAUAUAAAUUAUAUGUAUACAGUAGUCACUCACAAAAGAGGUAAAUAUCAGAAGGCAGCAAUAUAAUAUAUUGAAUAUAUAUAUAUAUAUAUUUGUGAAAAGUUUAGGAUAUGGAGUCAAAUGACCUACACUAUACUAAUUCCGUGAUUUUGCAAAAUUCACCUGACUUUAAUUUUAUCCUACAUAAUAGGAGAUGUAGAGUUUCAACACCUUACAGGGAGUGUGUGAAGGUAAUAUAACAUAUUAGAAUAAUAAUGGAUGUUGCUGCAGCUGCUGCUGAUUUUAGAAAAGGUAAUCAUGGGCAUAAAAUAUUUAGAUCAGUGAUUCUCAAUCCUACAAGAUUUUUUUGAAUUGCUCUUUUCUGGACUCCAAUCAAUAGACUUAAAUACAAAUCUCUAAGGUUUGGACUUGGGCAUCAUUGUUUCUUCUUCUCUUAAAACUUUCAUAUUGCUGCAUAAGAAGCCACCUAAAAUGCAGUGGUAUAAAGAAAAAGUUGUUUCUUUUUUGUCACUAUUUUGUGGGUUUCCUGGAAGGUUCUUCUGCUUGUCUCACCUGGGCUCCCUUAUGCAGCUGGUUUUGGCUAUUUGACUGACCUGGACUGAAAGGUCAAAAAUAGACUCCCCCGCAUGUCUGGAACAUUGGUGAUGAGCGGCAGGGGGCGCCCUCUCCGUGUGUUGUGUCAUUCCUUGGCAGUCUGGCUUGUCUUAUGUGGAUGUUCAGCAAAAACUGAAAUUGCAAUGCUUCCUUUUACGGAUGUGUGGCAAGUUUCAUCAUGUCCCCCCUACCACAUUACUGGUUAAAUCAAGUCACAAGGCCAACCGAGAUUCAAAGGGAAGGAAAACAGACUACACUUUAACAGAGUGGCAAGGUCACAGUGCAAAAAGCCAUGUUGAAUGGGAGGGUUGCUGUGCCAUCUUUAUAAACAGUCCAUCACAUUGACUCCGGUGCACCAUGAGGGUGAAGAAUAACUGCUUUAAUCAAAGGACUUUACCCUCGCAUACUGAAGAUGCGCUGAGGGUAAGCUUUCAUGCUACAGCUCAUUCAGACUCAGCCACAGCAUCUGAAUUUGAAAAGGAAAUUAACUGGUAGGCUUAUCAAAUUAAAAUAGAAAAUGUGGAAUAUGCCCCUACAGUUUCUUUGCCAAUAACCUAAUUUAUUCUAAAAUGCAAAGCUUUGCUCAAGUGUUAUUUGUCCAGCAGAUGUCAGCCUCGCACAAGAAUAUGCCAAGAUACCCACCAAGGCAGGCUGGGUGCAGGACCUAUCAGGUUACACUUUUCCGGGCAAUACCUACAAUAUCCAGGAAGCCAGUUCCCCUCACACAUCUGCCCCACCUUUGGCCAACUGUCAGUGUACAGAAAGAUUAGAACUGAAUUGCCAGGGAGAAAAUAUUGCUAGGAACUAUAUAUUUCAGAUAAGGAACUAGAUUCCAUUUUCCUCCAGGGUUAUGGGUUCUCAGCACAGCACAAGAGAUUGUGGUUAGAAAUGGAUCACUACAUCAAAAAUUAAUGAUGUAUUGUAUGGUGACUAA